UUUGUGCGGAAAACGACAAAAAAUGUUGAAGUCAAAAACAUUUAUGAAGAAGACCCGCACCGGUCGCGUGUUAAAGAUUGUGAGAGAACAUUACUUACGGGAUGACAUCACGUGCGGCUGCCAAGGGUGCGAAGAAUGCCAGCAGACGAGUCCGGUCCUCCAGGUAGAGCCGAUACUCCAGAGCUCGCUCUGCGCAACACCCCACUAUCUGAUGCCGGACACCAAUGUGCUGCUUCAUCAGAUUGAUAUCCUCGAGGACCCUGUCAUUCAGAAUGUGAUUUUGCUGCAGACCGUGCUUCAGGAAGCGAGGAGACGCAGUGCCCCAGUUUAUAAAAGAAUUAGAGAUCUUACUAAUAACACAGAGAAGUUUUUCUAUACAUUCACCAAUGAGCAUCAUAGGGAAACCUACAUUGAACAAGAGAAAGGGGAAACGGCCAAUGAUCGCAAUGAUCGAGCCAUUCGAACUGCAGCAAAAUGGUACACUGACCAUAUUAAAAAAUCAGAAAAUAUGGCAAACUUCCAAGUGCUUUUAAUUACAAAUGACCGAAAGAACAAAGAGAAGGCAGUGGAGGAAGGAAUUGUUGCAUACACAUGUGAAGAAUACGUUAAAAGCUUGGUCGCUAAUCCUGAGCUUGUUGACCGUCUUGCAUCUGUGUCUGAUGAGCAGAAUGAAAUAGAAAGUGGGAAAAUAAUUUUUCCAGAGCACCUUCCAUUGUCAAAGUUACAGCAGGGCAUAAAAUCUGGGACUUACGUACAAGGAACGUUCCGAGCAAGCCGAGAUAAUUACCUUGAGGCCACAGUCUGGGUUCAUGGAGAUUCUGAGGAGAACAAGGAGAUAAUACUACAAGGAUUAAGAAACAUGAACAGGGCCAUGCAAGAAGAUAUUGUAGCCGUACAAUUGCUGGAGAAAGAAAAUUGGGUGGCACCUUCGUCCGUUGUCCUGCAGGAUGAAGGCGAAACUGAUGAUAUUGAAUCCAUAGAUGAAAAAGAAAAAAUGCUGAAAACUGGUGGACAAAACAAUACUAAGCCAUCAGGAAAAGUGGUGGGAAUCAUAAAGAGAAGCUGGAGACCAUACUGCGGCAUGCUAGCCAAAUCACAAAUUAAGGAGUCCACUCGCCAUCUGUUCACGCCAGCUGAUCGGAGGAUCCCUCGAGUUCGCAUUGAGACCAGACAGUCGUCUAACUUAGAAGGCCAGAGGAUCAUAGUUGCCAUAGAUGGUUGGCCCAGAAAUUCAAGAUAUCCUAACGGUCACUUUGUCAAGAAUUUAGGAGCAGCUGGUGAUAAGGAGACGGAGACUGAGGUGCUGCUCUUGGAACACGAUGUUCCUCACCAGCCAUUCUCACAAGUUGUUCUCAGCUUCCUUCCCCAGAUGCCAUGGACAAUUACUCCAGAGGAUAUGAGGAACAGAAUUGACCUCCGACAUCUUUACAUAUGUAGUGUGGAUCCUCCUGGAUGUACAGACAUUGACGAUGCCUUACAUUGUCGCCAACUAGAUAACGGUAAUCUGGAGGUUGGAGUCCACAUUGCGGAUGUCAGCCAUUUUAUUCGACCAGGAACUGCUUUGGACCAAGAAUCCGCUAACAGGGGGACCACCGUCUAUCUGUGUGAAAAAAGAAUCGAUAUGGUUCCCGAACUGCUCAGCUCAAAUUUAUGUUCCUUAAGGUCGGAAGUGGACAGACUGGCAUUUUCCUGUAUUUGGGAGCUAAGCCAAGAUGCUAAAAUUAUAAAUACAAAGUUCACCAAAAGUGUCAUCAAUUCAAAGGCUUCCCUUACGUAUGCUCAAGCACAGAUGAGAAUUGAUUCGCCUGCAAUGAACGAUGAGAUUACUAAAAGUCUCCGUCUGCUGAAUAAAUUAGCCAAAAUUUUGAAGAAGAAGAGAAUAGAUAAUGGAGCUUUAACCCUCUCUUCACCUGAGGUUCGAUUCCACAUGGACAGUGAAACACACGAUCCCAUAGACCUUCAGACUAAGGAGUUACAGGAAACCAACUCAAUGGUGGAAGAAUUUAUGUUACUUGCUAAUAUUUCUGUGGCACAAAAAAUUUACGAUGAGUUUCCAGAAUAUGCUCUUCUCCGCAAACAUCCAGCACCACCGCCAGCAAACUAUGAUAUAUUGGUGAAAGCUGCAAAGUCCAAGAACUUGGAGAUUAAAUGUGACUCUGCUAAGGCUCUGGCUGAUUCUUUAGAUAAGGCCGCAUCUCCAGAAUUUCCAUACCUAAACACUCUACUGAGGAUCCUGGCAACUCGAUGCAUGAUGCAAGCUGUCUACUUCUGCUCCGGCAUGGACAAUGAUUUCCUUCACUACGGUCUAGCCUCUCCCAUUUACACUCACUUUACCUCUCCAAUCAGAAGGUAUGCUGAUAUCAUAGUACACAGACUGCUUGCAGUCACUGUAGGAGCAGAUAGCACAUACCCGGAUCUCACAGACAAGCACAAAUUGUCGGAUAUCUGCAAAAAUAUCAAUUAUCGGCAUAAGAUGGCUCAGUAUUCACAACGGGCUUCGGUUUCUUAUCAUACGCAGCUGUUCUUCAAGAACAAAGGAAUAAUGAGCGAAGAAGGAUACAUUUUGUUUGUGAGAAAAAAUGCUAUAGUUGUUUUAAUUCCCAAAUUUGGUUUAGAAGGAACUGUAUUUUUUGAGGAAAAGAACAAAGCAAAACCUAAAAUAGUUUACAAUGACGAGAUUCCCUCCCUCAAAGUUGAAAACGCAACGUUUUACAUGUUUGACAAAGUGAAAGUGAAAAUCUCAUUGGAUGCAUCAAACAUCCAGCACCAGAAGAUCCGCAUGGAGCUCAUAGAACCAGAGAUCCCAGGCAUCACUGCGCUGAGUGACGGGGACCAAAGAAACGCAAAUGGUGAACCAACCCUCAAGAAGAGCAAACUAGGCAAUUAGUGCCAUUCAGAUGGACCUUUUGGCUGCAGCUGUUCUUUACAAGAACAUUUUAAUGCAAUUUUAGUAUUGAGUUGUUUUACUAAACAAGACGUUCACUAUAGCUUCUGCAAGCCUUCUAUAGGAAGCCUAAUAAACCCACAGAUGUGUUCUUUAA